AUGAAGCUUAACUUUUUCUCCUUCACCGCUGUCCUGGCCUCUGUGGCCGCCUCUCCUACCCCCUCUACCAGCUCCGUUGUGGCCACCGACUCCGGCUUUCACUCUGUCAACAGUCCCCGUACGCCCAUCGGCCCCAACGACGUCAUCUACCAUCCUGACUCGGUAACUCCCAAGAAAGACUUCACCCAGGACGAACAGGAAUUGGCCUGCUUGAAGAAGUGCCCGGCCGUCAUCCCAGGGCUCCAUCCUUACAAACAACCUCUCACCUUCUUGUGCAGACUUCGCUGCGGUGCGGACGCCUACCGCAGGGCGAGCCAGGGAACAGAAGGAAAACCCGGACAAAAGGGCCGAGGCGAGGAAUCUCUCGCUAGUGAGAGUCAUGAGAUAGGCGCUCGGGACGAGCUAUACACUCUGCCUCUUAAGAAGCACCUUUUCUGGAACGUGACCGACAACGAGGGCCAAAGCGAGCAGCACCUGGCAGCCGUGGCAGUCCUGGCUGGUGGUGGGGAGAAUGACAGAAUCAUUCCAGGGCUGCCCAUGGGCAACCCUUGCGCCUGGCCACCACAGUUGGAUAACUCUUGGCCAAGUCAAAGGGAACUGUAUCUUUGCCUCGAGGCCUGUCCCGCCGGGUCUUUUCUCGGCGUCUGCCUGCAUCCUUGCUUCUUGGGGAUCACGGAAAGGCGGUGCAGAGAGAAGAGAGUAACCGAGGCCAAGCCUAAAGAUGGAGAGUACUCAGCGGCCGAGUCAGCCUUGGCUGUAGUCGAAGGGAGCAGCGAGUCCUCCCGACCCAGCGAUUCUUGCAGCGAACGACAGCAUUAUAAAGAUUAUUGGUUCGUGCGCUGCGAAUCCAACUGUUCCUUCUAUAAUACCUACAAUUUUGUGUGCGAAAAAGCCUGCGUCACGCAUGCUAUCCUUAGGUGCCGGGCGAGGAAGGAGGCAGCGACCUAG